GGAAAGGAAGCGGCUGCUCCGCUCCGCCCGCUUCCAUGCCCUUUUUUUGAGAGCCAAUGGAAACUCACGGUUGAGUUGCAUCAUGUGUCCCAGCAACUCCAGGCAGAUUAUUUUCCAACCCCGGGUCUGCGCUCCUGCGUCCUGGAGCUGCCCCGGGCGAUAGCAGCGCGGCGGUUGAUUUCACAGGUGGCGGCGAGGCGUUUGGAGUUGGCUCAGCAUGUGGUGCGGGAGCCCAGCCGCAGUGGUGGCCUUUUGCGCCGGGCUUUGGGUCUCUAACCCGGGGCGGGCGCAGGGCCAGGAGGCCGGGGGGCGGCUGGGCGCCGACUGUGAAGUGUGUCAAGAAUUCUUGAACCGAUUCUACAACUCCCUGAUAGCCAGAGGAGUCAACUUUUCUCUGGACACCAUAGAAAAAGAAUUGAUCAGCUUUUGCUUGGAUGUCAAAGGAAAAGAAAACCGCCUGUGCUACUAUCUAGGAGCAACAAAAGAUGCGGCCACAAAGAUCCUAAGUGAGGUCACUCGCCCAAUGAGUGUGCACAUGCCUGCGGUGAAGAUUUGCGAGAAGCUGAAGAAGAUGGACAGUCAGAUCUGUGAGCUGAAAUAUGAAAAAAAAUUGGAUUUGGCAUCAGUGGACCUGUCCAAGAUGAGAGUAGCAGAGCUGAAACAGAUACUGUACAGCUGGGGAGAAGAGUGCAGGGCCUGUGCGGAAAAAACCGACUAUGUGAAUCUCAUCAAAGAACUGGCACCCAAGUACACAGCGACGUACCCCAAAACAGAACUCUGACCCACGGAAGCUGGUGCACCACUGAUUGUGAUUAGAGACAAAAUGCCUCUCUAGGAUACGGACGCGUUUGUUGAGAGGAACCAGGAAUUGCAGUGUGUGUGGUCUCAGACUUCUUGUUUUGAUAUUACACCUCAGAAUUGGUUACCUGGGUUUAUAAGUAGAACUGCUAGUAUUAGUGGUUUCUUAAAUCUGCAGUGUACCAAAACCUACAAGUGCCUUUCUCAUGAUUUUCUUGUAUGUGAGUUACCAUUGCCUAUCUCCUAAAACGGGGAAAAGUGAACCACUGAAAAAUCGGUGUAGUAAAUUGAUUCUAAGCAGGAAGAGAGUGCUCAGAGGUUCCUAUCUAUGCACUAAUUUUUUUUUUUUUUUUUUUGCGGUACGCGGGCCUCUCACUGUUGUGGCCUUUCCCGUUGCAGAGCACAGGCUCCGGAAGUGCAGGCUCAGCGGCCAUGGCUCACGGGCCCAGGCGCUCCGUGGCAUGCGGGAUCUUCCUGGACCGGGGCACGAACCCGUGUCCCCUGCAUCGGCAGGCGGACUCUCAACCACUGCGCCACCAGGGAAGCCCCUGUGCACUAAUUUUUAAUUAAAUAUGUUGGAUUAGAGAAAGACAAAUAUCAUAUACUAUCACUUAUAUGUGGAACCUAAGAAAAGGGUACAAAUGAACUUAUCCACAAAACAGAAAUAGAGUCAAAGACAUAGAAAACAAACUUAUGGUUACCAGGGGGUAAGUGGGGGGAGGGAUAAAUUGGGAGAUUGGGAUUGACAUAAACACACUACUAUAUAUAAAAUAGAUAACUAAUAAGGACCUACUGUAUAGCACAGGGAACUCUACUCAGCCAUAAAAAGGAAUGAAAUUACAUCACAGUACUCUGUAAUGACCUAUAUGGGAAAAGAAUCUAAAAGAAUGGAUAUAUGUAUAUGUAUAACAGAUUCACUUUGCUGUACACCUGAAAGUAACACAACAUUGUAAAUCAACUGUACUCCAAUAAAAGAAAAUGUUGGAUUAUGACAAAAGAAAUGAUGUUUAGCUUAUCUAACUCCCAACUUCAACCCAAAUGAUAACCUGGCAUAAUCAAAAGUCUUUUAAAAAGUAAACUUUGUGUUUUUAACUGUAAAUCACUCUACCUUCUAGCUCUCUCUGGUAUCAGAAAUAGGAGGGCAGGAAGCACUACUUGAAAUUAGUGUUUCCCAGGUGAAGAAAACCUUUUUAAAACCUAUUUAAACCUACUUAGAAUAGAUCAAGAAUCCACUUGAGUACAGCCAACAUUUUAGGGAAUUGUAUCCACACUCACACUGUUAACUGAACCAAGCUCAAAGUCAUUUGCCUGUCUUCCUAUCACACAUUAGACAAGCUUUUGAUAGAGGAUUAAAGAAUAUGAAGAGCACCUGUGGACAACAUGGAGCUUUAUGGUUCUUAAUGCUACUUUAUCAGCUUUAAAUUGUAAAAUCAUUUUUGGUUCCAUUUUCUGGCCACACAAGAAUAAGAACCCCACUGUAGACAUGACUGCCUCUCUGUGGCAGGUGGAGGUGGGGAAUGACUGCAGGGCGGCUGGAGGGGACGUUCUGGGGUGAUGGGAAUGUCCUGAAUCUUGAUUGGGGUGAUGGUUACAUGGGUGAAUAUGACUGUCCAGUUCAUCCAGCAGUACAAUUAAGAUAUGGGCAUUUUAUUGUAUGUAAAUUAUACCUAAAAUACUGCUGUAGAAAAAUUAUUUGAAAAUUAAGUAAAAUCAAUUGAUUCAAAACAUCUUGUUUCUUUAAGAAUUGCAUUUUCUUAGAGUCGCCAUAUGACCCAGCAAUCCCACUCCUGGGUAUAUCUCCCUCCUGGGCAUUUAUCCAGACAAAACUAUAAUUUGAAAAGAUACAUGCAUCCCUAUGUUCAUAGCAGCACUAUUUACAAUAGCCAAGAUGUGGAAACAACCUAAAUGUCCAUUGACAGAUGAAUGAACAAAGAAGAUGUGGUAUAUAUAUAUAUAUAUAUAUAUAUAUAUACAUACACAUACAUAUACACACACACACACUGGAAUACUAUUCAGCCAUUAAAAAGGACAUUUUUGCCAUUAGCAACCACAUGGAUGGACCUAGAGGGUGUUAUGCUCAGUGAAAUAAGUCAGACAGAGAAAGACAGAUACUGUGUGCUGUCACUUACAUGCGGAAUCUAAGACAUACAACAAACUAGUGAAUAUAACAAAAAAGAAACAGACUCACAGAUACAGAGAACAAACUAGUGGUUAUCAUUAUCAGCAUAAAAAGAAUGAAAUAAUGCUAUUUGCAGCAACAUGGAUGGACCUAGAAAUGAUCAUACUAAGCAAAAUAAGUCAAAAAGAGAAAGACAAAUACCAGAUGAUAUCACUUAUAUGUGGAAUCUAAAAUAUGGCACAAAUGAACAUAUCUAUGAAACAGAAACAGACUCACAGACAUAGAGAACAGACGUGUGGUCGCUAAGGGGAAGUGGGGUGGGGAAGCGAUGGAGUGGCAGUUUGGGAUUAGCAGAUGCCAACGAGUAUAUAAAGGAUGGAUAAACAACAAGGUCCUACUGUAUAGCACAGGGAACUAUAUUCAAUAUCCUGUGAUAAACCAUAAGGGAAAAGAAUAUUUUUUAAAAAAGAAUGUAUAUAUAUGUAUAAUUGAAUCACUGCUGUACAGGAGUA